AUGUUUGAUGAGGCUGAUGGAGACUAUGUUGAACAGACACCUUCAGAUGAUGGACUGGAGGAUGUGGAAGUCAUCGUGAACAAGGAGAGGCAAUAUCAACAGGAAUUGUUGCAAGUGCUAAAAUAGAAGGAGGAUGAACAUAAAGCAUUGAGACAAGAAUUAGGAGAGAUCAAGUGCAAAAUAGAGCAAAUCUAAUUAAAGUGUAUUAGAGAGUCAUUGAUAAAUAGAAUACCAAGAGGAAAUACCUAUGGUUGAUCCCUACCUCAAGGAAUACAUUUAGGAGUUGGGCGAAUAACAAUUAUUCGACUUGGAGUCCCAAAGAUAAGAAUUAAAGGGAGAGAAGCAAGGCAAAAUUGAAUAGUUGAGAUAAUUACAAUAGGCUAAGAAUUAAAUAAAAUUAUUCUUUACAUAAACUGAGAUUUCAAGCUAUUUACAAAUUUCAUACAAAAAUAUGCUAGAAAAUCUUAAUUAAGAGUUGUUCUAAUAUAUGCAAGAGAGAGCAGACUUGGAAGACGAAUAAUUUAGUUUCGACAAACGACUCAAAUCUCUUAGAUCUUAAAUUAGAGUAUGAUUUUCUUUAGCUUUAGGAAGUUACUGAGAAGAAUCAAAAAAUUAUUCAAUAAAUAGAGAAUAGCAAAUAGAUUGAAUGA